UUUCGUUGGAAAAGAUUUCAAUAUAUUAUGUUACUUCAGGUCCUAUUUUUGAUGCAUAUGAACGGCUUGCUUUAGAUGUUUAUAUUUAUCCUAUAAGUCUGCUCAUUGCAUUUAUGUUUAUUGGACUUAUUGGUAACGGUUUUGUGUUGUAUAUAUUCUCUAAACAAUGGGAACGGAGUAAAACAUCCGUGUUUAUCAUUACAUUGGCCGCGUUGGACGUAGUAAACUGUGCUUUGAUUAUUCCGGUAGAAAUCUCCGUGUUUGCGAAGCCAUAUACAUAUGACCAUGAUAUUUUCUGCAAGAUCUCCAGAUGCUUGUCCUUCAUUGUCACGGCCAACUAUUCAUUUGUCCUGGUCACUGUGGCAUACGACCGCUACCUAAUGGUAUGUAAGCCACUCAAGAGGAUAACAUAUGGGCAGCGUUAUGCCACGAGAGCCUGCAUUGGAGUAAGUCUUCUGGCUAUUGCCACACAAUGGCCUUCAAUGUUCAUCUACGGAACGCACACAUUCCAAUUACAAUUUUCAAGAGGCGACGACGAAAGUUUCUUGACACAAUUAACGAACUCAACAGCGUUCUACGUCAACCUUACGAACGUACAAUAUGUUUUACAAGGAAAAACAUGUCACGUAACGAAUUAUUACGACGAUGUCAACAAGAUACCAAAGUUCCUAUUUCAUGGAUUUCUAAUGGUUGGUCACGUAGUCAUCAAUAUCACGUUGUUUGUGGUAUACACGGUUAUCGGACAUCGUCUGUUCCUGUCGUCGUUCAUCAAUAUCCUUGGAAACAGGGUGCAGAAGCCGGGUCUUUUUAAGAAAAGCAUUGUUUCGGCUUUAACAGGUACAGCGUCAAAAGGGAAAAGUGCAAGCAACAGUAUCGAUACAGAUUACUUUGCGACAUAUCCGAAACCUUUAACAAAGAAACAGGACGAACGCGCACGAUCGCAGAGCGACGGUCAGUUAAAGACGACAGUCCCCAAGCAAUGCACACGGAGUUUGGUAGACCUGCCAGGGUCAAUGGGCCCAGACAGUGGGCAUUUAGUGACGAGAAAAGAGUCCGAGCAUGAGACGUAUAAAGAAUCGUUCACUUACUUACAUGAAGAGAAUGUGUUCAAGACCAAAGAGAACAUAAAUGGCCAUUGUCGAGCACAGCUGUCUGUAAGCAUAACGUCCGCGUUUGGCGGAAGUACGGACCUCAGUAUGUUACAUCUUGCCGCGCCGCAUCCACAAGCAAAACCAGUCGCCAACUUGAAGGAGCUCUCGCUAAAAAGGAACACGUUAAUCAUGAGAAUGGUGACGUUUACGUUCAUGAUGAGUUAUCUUCCUUACUUGAUCCUCGUAAUGCUGAGGUACUUGGACGAAGACAUUCCGAGAAAAUUGCCGACAAACUUGAAGAUCGUGUACCACGUGUUCCUUAAGAGCUAUUUCCUGAACAGUGUUUUGCGCCCGUUCAUUUACAUCGUCAUGAACGAGCGGUACAGAAAGAAGUUACUCAAUCUGAUUCGCAGCUGGCGACGAUGCUGAAACAGAUCUAAAAAACAUUAUUUCAGAACUCGAUAUUGCUAAAUAUCAUAAAACACAUGUUGUAGAAUCUGUCAAUUCUGAUUCUUAGUUUUUGCACAACACUUUAGUCUGUCGUUUAUAGUGCAUUUUUAGGAUACACAUACUAUAAACACUUUCAGGACAUGUACUUGGUAAACAAUUAUAUUAUCCGCUAAAAGUUUAACUUUUCUCUAGUAACUUAUUUUUAGAACCUUUUUUAUGAAAAAAAAAAUAGUUAAGCUCUUUCAAUGUUUUCAAAGAAUCUUAUGCACACACACUUUUUUUUGUUACUAAUUCCUAUUUGUAUAAUUGCGUUUUUUACUUAUCUCAGUUUAGUUGCUUCCUUUGACAUGCAUAUGCACCGUUCAAAAAUGAAAACAGUAUAUAUAAUAUCAUAUGUUAAUAACAACACAUAAAUGUAAAAGAUCGGUUAAGAAACGAUGGUAAUCAACGGUAUUAAUCGUUAAUGAAAAAGUUUUUUCAAAGACAUACCAAGGCCUUAAAAGUAAUAUAGGCACCUUGAAUCAUUUUGCUCUUAAACAUAUAUACAAACAAACAUAAACAACGUUUUGACCGUCGAGUAAACGAGACGUACUCAUUAUGAUCCAGAACGUAGUAAAGUUUUAUCGUCUCAUGUGUUAGUUCUUAAAACAAACACAUGUAUUUGAAUAAUAAUAAUUUUAUAAUGAACAACAGCUAUAUAACUUGUAGUAUCGUCACCGUCAAAACCAUUUGUAUUCGUGUCAGUGUUGGUCCUUCAUGCUGUAUAUUUUAAGCAUGUGCAUGUGGUUCCCUAUUUUUAUGAAAUGAUUUCAUGUUUCUUAAGUUUUUGAACUGGUUUAAGUGUCAUUGUUUUUUAUCAUGCGUUGUUCCUUUAAAUUGCCUCAUGUUCUAUGUUUAUUAUUGUGCUGCGAUGCUUUAUUUCUUCAAAUAUACAAACGUAUCUAUAUUCGUAUGUCAUAUUACAUGAGUACCUAAA